GGUUGGAUCCCUGCCCAAAGCCACUUUCGAACGACCAACGGCCCGUGUAUGACCUCUGUAAAUUUGUUUUUGUGUUAAAUAAAUCGUGUACGAACCCGAGAAAGCACCUCGAUCCCUCGAGAAAUAUUAUAUUCCCCGCCUCCCGCAAUCUCUAGACCCCAACAAAAGCCUGCCAAACCCUCUCUCGAACCGCGCGCUCUGGAACUCCAAUCGGCUCAUCUCCGCAUUGGCGACGCGGCUUGAAUGUUCGCGCAGGCGUCUACAGGAUCUUUUAGGCGGCGCAGACGGUGAUCGUUGGUAUGCAGGCGGCUAAGCUGAAGGCUGACUCCCAGGGCCGGAAAGCUAAGCUUGCGAACUCGUACCAGCAGCUGUUGGAGGAGUUCUCAUCCAAGGACUUGCGCUCGGUGGGAAAUUAUACGUUGGGGAGGCUGAUUGGAACGGGGAGCUUUGGGAAGGUCUAUUUGGCCGCGCAUAAGCUUACGAAUGGCUCGAAGGUUGUGUUGAAGUCGGCGAAGAAGGAUGACUCGAAUCUUGCGCGCGAAAUACACCACCACCGACAAUUCUUACAUCCUCAUAUCGCGCGAUUAUAUGAAGUCAUAGUCACUGAGAACCUAGUAUGGCUGGUGUUGGAAUACUGUCCUGGCGAUGAAUUGUAUAACUACCUCCUGAAAGAAGGCGCCCUUCCCGUCGGUAAGGUGCAAAAGAUAUUCGCGCAGCUCGUCGGCGCUGUCUCAUACGUCCACAACCUCUCCUGCGUACACCGCGACCUCAAGCUCGAAAAUAUAUUAUUAGACAAAAACGAAAACGUGAAGCUUUGCGAUUUUGGUUUCACACGCGAAUAUGAGGGGAAGUCAAGCUAUCUGCAGACAUUCUGUGGGACUGUUGCAUACAGCGCUCCGGAGAUGCUUAAGGGAGAGAAAUAUGCCGGGGAGAAGGUCGAUAUCUGGAGUUUAGGAGUUAUUUUAUACGCAGUGCUAUGCGGAGAGCUGCCCUUUGACGAAGACGACGAACAACUUAUGCGGGCCAAGAUAUUAAAAGACGACCCGAAAUACCCAGACCACCUACCACAAGAAGCACGUGCACUUAUAGGGAAGCUAUUGUCAAAACGACCACUACUGAGACCGACUCUGUCGGAUAUACUUGCGGAUCCGUUUUUGGCCGAGCAUGCACCGCAACAACAAGCUAUUCUGAAGCUGCAGCAACCCUCUCCAUUCUCGACUCCAUUAGAAAAAGAGGUCUUGGAGCGUAUGCGAAGUUCUGGCGUGGAAAUAGACCAUGUAAUAGAGAACGUCUUGGCCAAGCGCUGUGAUCCAUUGAGCGGAUGGUGGACUCUCCUCCUGGAGAAGGAAGAACGCAAGCACAGUCGGCGUGAGCAAAAACGGAGAGAGAAAGAAGCCGAGAUACGAGCAAAUCGAAGGCUCAGCGCUGCCAGCAGCCGUCGUGCACCUACACUCAGAGACGUCGAUGAAGAGGAUGGAGACUCGACCCUUCGACCCGAUCCUCCGAAAGGCCGAGGCAGGAAGGAGAGGAGAAGCGCACAUUACCCCGAACUUGUUCUCACCGACCUUCCUGGGCUACCCGAGAAUUCACUACUUAACUCACCACUUGGUAGCAAUCCGCCGCCGCCCAUCGAAAAGGAUAAUGUCCGCUCGGUCAGCUCGUCACGUCACCGCAGGCCCAUACCGCCGCCCAAAGAGGGCACGAUACGAGGCGCAAGAAGCCGCGGAAGCACGCUUCAACUAGUUACUUCCUCCAACCCCGACCUCCUCCAUCCUAACACGGCAGUUCGGGCUCCUCGUCGACGACAUCAGUACCCCUUCCUGGCACAGCUCACGCACUGGAAACAGUGGCUCAUCACAUCUACAAAGCGCGGGCGAUCCCCAAACGCCAAAGCUAGCACGUCAACACCUAAUCUAGUUCCAAAGUCCUCGAUGUCGCCAAACGUCGGAGGUCCCAAAACUCCCAACUCUAGACCCCAACCCCCCCACUCUUCCUCGCUGGGUCCACCCCUCGCCAACGGCAAACAAGGCUACCCCGCCCCGCCACGGAUCUACACCGGCUCCUCAUCCAACAAGCGGCACUCCCUCUCCCCAUCCCCCCUAACGCCUCGCUCCACCUUCCGCCGCGGCUCCAGCGGUCUCCGCGGACGCAAAUCAACAAGCAGCUCCGUCAGCAGCAUCCGCAGCAUCCACCGACACCGACACUCACGCUCCAAAGCCUCAUCAACCUCCUCCAACGGCUCCGAUGCCGUCUCCAAAACCCCCAUCGGCACACGCAGCCCCCACCACUCCGUCAAAGUCCUCCCAGCCACGCCGACAGCGACAUCCUUCCCCACCAGCGUGCGACUGGUGCGUAACCCGCCCAUGAGCAGCUUUAAUGAGAGCGCGCAGUGGGGUAGGGAGGGGAUGGGUGGUUUGGUGUUCGCGAAGCGCAAGAGGAGCGUGUUUAAGGGACCUAUGCUGAAUGUGCAGCCUGGACAGCCGGAGAAGCCGCAUGGGCAUGGGCAUAGUAGGAGUACGGGCGCUGUGGGGAGGAGGAGCGGGGAGCAGACGACGAUUGAGGAGGAGGAGGAGGAGGUGGAGGAGGUGGAUGCGUUUGGGCCGUUGACGGGGGAGGGGGUGGAUGUCGAGGUUAUGUUUGAGGAGCCGGAGGUGGGGGAGGAGAAGGUUAAGGAGGGUGAGAGUAAGGAGAAGGAGCAGGAGAAGGAGAAGAAGGAGGAGAAGGAGAAGGGUGCGGAGUAAGGGGGGUUUGGAGAUGUGGUACAUACUGUUGUAUCUCCUGUACACGCGGGCCUGUCAGGAUUGGAGGGUAGGAUGGCAUCUGGUUCUUCUUUCUUCUUCGUUACCACGAGAGACAUUCUUGUUGAGAGGUUAGGGGGCGGCUUUGAUACCAAAAUCGAACAGCUACAUAUACGUACAAUGGAAUAUUGCGAAUACUAU